AGAUUUCCACCUUCGAUUUUGCAAUCUGAAUUUUAUUGCUUUGUUCUUCCCCUGUAGAGGUUCUACCAGCACAGCAGUAAAAUGCAAAAUGCAUCAAAAUAGACGCCAUCUCACCGCUAUGCUCAAAAUCGGCAUACCGAUCUUACAAUUCCAAUUCAAUAAUACUUUAAAGGGGUACCUUGCGUAUAAUCCAUAAGAGCGUACCAACAAGUAUAUAUCAAAACUGGCCGAGUGAGCUUUUCCAGGUAAUUUUCAACUUCAAAUUAGUGUAUACAAAAGAACAAAACUGACUUAAACCCACUUUAAAAAACUAUAUGAGAAAGUUUUACAGUCAUUUUUUGUUUUUGGUGUUUAAGCUCGCUUGCUUAUAAUAGCAUCAGCGUUACACCAUGCCUUUGAUUGGGAAUAGUUUAUCCCCUUUUUUACGUCAAAAGUGAAAGAAAGUAAAAACAUGUAACUCUAUUUGCAUAUUUGAGCAGAUAUAUUUUCACAGCCGCCACGUCAUUACAAUUUUUAUUUAAACAGCCUUAUUGCGCUUAUAACUGCAAAAUCACUUCAGAACCGGUAGGCAGAUACACGCACAUACCUUAGAAUCGAUUACCAUCACGAUCACAUCACGUGGUUGCAUUUAAGAAGUCUGUCCGAGAAAUCGAACAGUUGCAAAUUCCAAGCUUUCUAGAAGAGCCCAGUUUCUCCAAGGAUUACUUCCUGUUUUCCACAACUGAUCCUUAUUUGCCUGGCGAAGUGAACGAAAAAAGAAUUCACUGUGCCUUACAAACAGGAGCAAAAAAGACACCACGGAGCAGCACAUUGAAAAGAUAUUGAUAAAAAAUUCACCUCCCCCGUGUUGUAAAAUAGCAGUAAAAGGAAAAGCGGGAAAAGUAUCUGCAUUAUACUGACCAUUCGUCAAAGCCACAUAGAUCGCCUCUUAGCAUAUACCCCCAAAACUGAACGCAACUCAAUUCUACUUUCGAUUGGACCAUUAUACUUCAUCUAAUUUAAUUUUCCUACGCGUGGUUUUCAGCAAAAUACGAGCUAGUAAACUAUAGAUGGUGUUAUAAAAAUCGAUUACUUUGUUAUAAAUUUCUUAUUUUUUUCGCAAUAUAUUGUUGCUAUACAUUCUUGAGUUAACUUGACUCCAAUAUCUCAAUUUCAGACCGGCAAGACUGCGUGCUUUCUCCUCUCUCAUUUCCUGGGUUAAUUUCCGAGGCUUGUCAUAUAUAAGAGAUAACAGCAAGAAGUCUUCUAUGUUUGCUGGGGAAAAAUAAGAUUAUCGGGGUUUCAUUAAUUUCAAAAGACGCCUCUCCUUAUCUCAAUAUCAAAUAUUGAAGUUCCCUUUUGAGCUUUCUCUUUUCACGCUGCUGGGAACACAGAGUAGCCAGACUGAGUCAAGAUGAAUUUCGUCGUGAAGCAAAUGGUCGGAGACCAGAUGAAGAACCUGACUGGGGGCGGGGGCGAUGAGCCGAAGGAGGCGGCGGGAGGGGGUGAGGUGGAUCCGGAGGUGGAGGAGGAGCGACAGAGGAUAGAGGAGGAGAGACGACUCAAACACGAGAGAUUCGAGGCCGAGAGGUGCAAAAUGCGACAGGAUAUUAGAGACAAGUACAACAUCAAGAAGAAGGACGACCCCGCCCUAGCUCCCCCUGCACCGGGUAGGGUGGGGAGGGGUCAGUUCUCGCCUAUGCCAGUGAAGGACGAGGACGAUGUGGAUUUGACGAUGGAGAAUCUGAAUGCGGAGAACGUGGGCAAGAAGGCCAACUUCCUGUUCAAAACUGCCAAAACUUCAGUCAUGGGCAUGUUCGGAGGGGGCGAGUGAAGUGAAGUGAAGUGGAGCUGAAGCGAAGAAGGAGUGAACAAACUAUACUACAGAAUCAUGAUGGGGGGCUGUAGGUGGUAUUUCAGUCUCUGGGAAAUUCCGAAUUCUUAAAAAUUACGCAUUCACUAGUCUACGAAAGUAAAAUGAAGCCAUUAAGCUAGAAGAACAAGUGUUUAGCUUAAAUUCCAUUUAAAAUGGAGAAAAAAUUACUCGAAAUUUCGAAAUUAUUAAGCUCAUUUAAAUAUAAUCAGUCAAAAUUUAAGAUCUUUGUUGGAAUUUGCCGAAGACUGAAUCACAGUCUAAAAACGGGAGACUGAAAAGAUGUGAAGAAAACUUAAAAUCAAAAUUACCAAAAAUUUCACUUGAAGCUGUAUAUCUCGCAGUUGUAAUGCAAAUUCUAAAUAAACUCUUAACCUGUAGCCGCACAAACCGAACUGUAUAUUUUAUAUUUUUCCGGUAUAUUUUGACAAUUGACCUGAAAGUGCUAAAAUUGCGAAUUCGGUAUCAUUUUUAGAUAUUUAGUUUACUUGAUGUUGGAAUUGCUGCUGAAAAAAAAUUAAAAAUAAGUUUCACAACAGCAUUUCCAUAUUGUAGUUUGUUUCAAAUUGUAUGUUUGCUUUGGAUGAUUUCUGCAUAUUCGAUAUGAGUUUACUAGUCUGAAAAAGG